CUUUACCCGGGGUAACAGGCGAGGCGCUUUACGGCGGCGGCGGCCGGGUGAGAGGCUCGGCGGCGGCGGCGGCAGCGGAGCGGCGGCGGCGGCAGCGGCGGAAGCGGCGGAGUGGCCGCGGCGGGGAAGGCGGCUGCGGCGGUGGCUGAGGGAGAGGAGCGGCGGCAACGGCGGCGGGGUGCGGCGCGGGGAUGGCGGAGGUACCGCCUGGGCCUAGCAGCCUCCUCCCACCACCAGCGCCUGCGGCCCCAGCGGCGGCGGAGCUCCGGUGCCCGUUCCCGGCGGGGGCCGCACUCGCUUGCUGCAGCGAGGACGAGGAGGACGACGAGGAGCACGAAGGCGGCUGCGGGAGCCCUGCGGGCGGCGAGGCGGCGACCGCGGCCAAGGCGCGUUCUUGCCUUCGCUGCCCGCAGCUGCCUCAGGAGCAGCAGCAGCAGCAGCAGCAGCAGCAGCAGCAGCAGCAGCUCAACGGAUUGAUCGGCCCAGAACUGCGACACCUCCGGGCCGCGGCGACCCUCAAGAGUAAGGUUCUGAGUGCAGCGGAGGCGGCCGCCCCCGACGGGGCCCCCAAAGUGACUGCCACAAAAGGAGCCGAGGGACACCCGGAGGAGAGACCUCCUCACUCGGUCCCCAACAAUGCAAGAACUGCACUCCCCGGCCGGCCCGAGGCCGCGGCGGCGGAGGCGGCGGCGGGGGCGGCGAGCGACCCCGCUGCGGCCCGAAAUGGACUGGUGGAGGGCAACGAGCAGGAAGAGGAGGAGGAGGAGGAGGACGAGCAGGUGCGGCUGCUGUCUUCGUCUCUGACCACCGGCUGCAGUUUAAGGAGCUCCCCGGGCAGGGAGGCCGAGCCCGGGGAGGAUCGGACGAUACGAUACGUCCGCUAUGAAUCUGAGCUCCAAAUGCCUGAUAUCAUGAGACUGAUCACCAAAGAUCUGUCUGAACCCUACUCCAUUUAUACGUAUAGAUAUUUUAUCCACAACUGGCCACAGCUGUGUUUCUUGGCCAUGGUAGGGGAGGAGUGUGUGGGUGCCAUCGUUUGCAAGUUGGAUAUGCACAAAAAGAUGUUCCGCAGAGGUUAUAUAGCCAUGCUAGCCGUGGAUUCCAAGUACAGGAGAAAUGGCAUUGGUACUAACUUGGUAAAGAAAGCUAUAUAUGCCAUGGUCGAAGGAGACUGUGAUGAGGUUGUUUUGGAAACAGAAAUUACAAAUAAGUCUGCUUUGAAACUUUAUGAAAAUCUUGGUUUUGUUCGAGAUAAGAGGCUGUUCAGAUACUAUUUAAAUGGAGUUGACGCACUGCGACUUAAACUGUGGCUGCGCUGAGGGACUGACAGCAAGGAACGGCUCCACCCACAUGGAAGCGACUUUUGCAUGCAAUGCAAUUUGUGCAGAAUUGCUUUGCAGGUGGAUUUAGUAAUUCCCAUGCAGCUGUUAUCUGUCAGUGUCCAUUGAGUGUCGCACAAUAUUUGUUGCACUUUGGCAUGGCGCAUUUGUUCUGAAUUAAAUGAGAUUGUUUUAAACUUCAAGAGUUCUGUUGGUACCAGCAGGAUGUGCCAGUUAAUAGCCAAGACUUGUUCAUUUGCAAAGUCUGCUGACAGUGCUAUUUACAUAGUGAUCAUUUUAUCACAGAACCAGUAAGUGGGACAUGAUUUUUGUUCCUUCAAGAAGCCAAUGUAGAUUGUAAAAGUCUCUUAAGUAUACUAACAUUUCACACAAAACCUGCCAUAGUUUUCUGAAGGGGGUGAGGGAAGAGCUUCAAUUUAGGUUUUAUUUUUUCAAUAUUAAAUUUUCCAUUCUUGAAUAUUGGUACCUCAGUGAUUAGUGGAUGAAAAGUGUAGGGUGGAAUUUGUCUUAUGAUGAGUAAAGAUGACAAUUAAACUGCGUCUGCCAGUGCCUGUGUAGAUACGUAUUCUUGUCUUCAUCUCUAGUUUUUGAAUGCAUGCUCUUUUUCUUUUUCUUUAAUACCUUUGCAAGCAAAUUUGUUUUUAUUUAAAAUCUAAAUUUGAUAAUAAAUUAUUUCAGAUUUUUAUAAUUUGGACAGUUUUUCCAGGUGAGUGGCAGUGGUUUGCUUUAGAAGUCCCUUCUUUCCUUACAGUAAGAAGCUGACUCUACUUGGGAAACUGAGAACCGGCUUAAAGGGAUGGAGCUGGGAAUUGUGGGCUUUGGAUGCACUUUUUUGUUUUUGUUUUUUGAGAAUGGGGGAAUUUUUGCAAAGAAUAGAAAAUUAAUGUAAAUUGGUAUGAUCUUAUUUAAUCAAAAUGAUUGAUAAGCUGUGAAGAACAGCUUCUAUAAAGUAGCUGGCUUUUGUUUUGUUUCUUUUUUUUAACUUUAUUUGAAUUCACAUUGCUUCCAUUUCUGAAAACACUUCACUUUUGGUUUAGUCUUAGAAAUGAAUUUCAAGGAGCAUUGUAUCCAUUGCAUUUUUUUUUUUUUUUUUUUUUUUUAACUCAUGAGCAGAUUCUUGGGGGACCUUUGCUUUGUUCCUCUGGAAAAAGAGGGAUGAAAAUUUUUUUUAGUGAGUUCUUUGGGUUUUCUGAGCAGCCAAGGUGUUUAUUAGUUACAAUGAAUUUUGGCUAAUCAGUGUAAUGUUAACAAAUUUUAGCUCAUUGCUUUGAGUUGAGUUAGUAAAGCUGUGAUGAAUAAUUUAUUUAACUAGAAUACCUAAGCACUCAUAAAGAAAAAGAUUCAUUUUCUGAAAAAUGUUUUAUAGGAAUCUGGCAUUCAUGUUGUUAUUUUCAUUUGAAUAUACUUUUCUUCUACUCUAAUACUUCGUUUGAAUUUUAUUUUAUGGCUGUAAUUACUGUAUUUUUAAAAACCCUACCUCCAUUAACAGUUGGUAAAGGCCCCUUUUCAGGAAAGUUUGUUGCGCUUUUUUGUUUGUUUGUUUGUUUUCAAGGAAAGCUGCUCUUUGCUCAGUAUAGUAUUUUGGAAGUGAACAUGGUAACAAGUACUUUUAAAAUAAAGAUGCACAGUUUAUAUUUGAAAAUAAAAACUUCCUGCUGGUGGGA